AUGACACGACUCCUAGUGUACUCAGCUGCCCUUGUGGGCUUUCUCGCUUCAACGUCCAUGAUCAUUGCGUCCAUAGUCCUGCCGCAAUGGGUCUCAUACACGAUUACUACCAGCGCUGGCGAGACCCUCACCAAAACGAUCGGCCUGCACAAGUCGUGCUCGUCCCUCGCCGACCCGCCAUGUCGGCCAUUCCCCUACCAUGACCUCUGCCAAUCUGACGAGCGAUACUUUUGCUCAAUGUGGCGAUCGGUCGGGUUCAUGGCCACGCUUUCGGUCAUCCUCUGUUUGGCGUGCCUCGUGGCUUUCACGGUCGUCAUGAGUGGGGGAAAGUACAAGCGCGAGACUGGCUGGCCGUUUGUCACGGCCAUGCUGUCGCUUGUUGCGAUUGUUCAAUUUGUGGUCAUUGCUAUUGUGGCGUAUCUGUACGACCACGACAAUCAAUUCACGGUUCCUGGGUGGCAUCUGGAUAUUUCGUGGAUCCUGAGCACCGUGAGUGCGACCAUCUGUGCUCUUGCUGCGGUCGGACUGGCUGCAUCCGCUUAUAUGCUGCCACAAGAAGACGGCUACGAUUUCCUUGAAGAUCCCCUCGAUUCGUGA